AUGACGGGCGACGGCGUCUGGCAGGAGUCCCCCAGCCAGGCCGAGCUCUUCGCCGCCGAGGUCGCCGCCGUCCGCGCCGUGCUCGGCGCCGCGCUCCCGGAGGCCCGCGUCCUCGCCGCGCUCUCCCGCUGCGGCGGCAACCCGGAGCGCGCCAUCAACGCGCUCCUCGACGACGGCGUCGGCGCGGACGCCGACGACGCCGCCGAGCGCGCCAUCGACGCGCUCGCCGAGAAGGUCCGCGUCAAGGCGGAGCGCGACGCUGCCGCUGCCCCGACGCCGGCGGCCAGGGUGAAGGCCGAGGCCGUCGACGUCCCCAAGAAGGAGCGGCCUCUCUGCCCCCCUCCCGCCAAAGUGGCCCCUUCGCCGCCGCCGCGCCGUGUCAAGGAGGAGGAGGAGGUUACCAGCGGCCGCCCCCGCCCCCGCGCCGGCGGCUGCGGCAUAAGCCUCGUGCCGCGGCCGGUGAAGAUGGACUGCGGCGACGGCGAGGCGGAGGUCAUCGACGCCGCGCCGAGGCCGAAGAAGAGGGUCCGGGAAGAGGAGGGCGUGGUCGACCUCACGGCGACGCACCCACUGCCGUACCUCAACCCGCGGCCCAUCCGGGCGAUUCCGCCGGAGGAGGCCGCGCAGAUGUACGACCCGCAGCCGAUCCGGGCCGUUCCGCCGCGGGAGCCCGCCAGGACGCAGAACCCGCCGCAGCGGCAGCGGCCGCAGCCGGCAAGGGCCACCGCGGCCCCGCCGAAGAGCGAUUGGAAGAUGGUCGUGGCGGCGCCGGAGGCGGAGCUCGGGGACUUCCCGCCGGAGCCCGACUGGUUCCUCGUCGACAAGUCCUACGUCGCCGGGCUGUCCACGCACAGCGGGAGGCGGAUGCUGGACGCCGGCGAGAUCGUCCAUUUCGGCUUCCCGUCCUACGACCGGGUCAACUGCGGCAUCAAGAUGUCGGCCAAGAAGGCGGCGUCGCUGUUACAGAUUGUGCGCUUCUCGACCAAGCGCGCCGGAGAGAUUGGAAAGCUGUCUCCGGAGUGGACAAAGUGCCUCGUCCCACUGGUGAACUCUUCCAAAGUCAAGAUUCAGGGGAAGAUCGUGUUUCCGACAAUGGAACUGAGGCUGAUGCAGGACAUCUUGCUCUAUGUCAGCUUCUACAUCCACAAGUCAGUGUUCACCGAAGGCGACAACUCAUCCUUGAGCCAGCUUGCUCCAGCAAAUGUUGAUUAUUCAGACAACCCUCUCCAUGCCCUGUUCAAAUUACUCAAGCUAAGGGCAUCUAUCAAGGCUGAUUUCACUCUUGAUGAGCUCAUGAGAAAGCGACCGUGGAAUCUGAGGGGUGAUGCCAAUGGAGACGAUGAAUCAACUCCUAUUGUUGGACUUGAAACCCGCCGCACAGCUGGGCAAACUUUUCCGGAGCAAGCUGCUGAUGAGCAGGCCAUUUCGGAAGCUGCCUUGAACAAAAUUAUUGGCACAGCUGAAAUAUAUGACUUGAAGGAAGCAGAGCCACCACAUACUCUUGUUUCUAUUCUCAAACCGUAUCAGAAAGAAGCUCUCUUUUGGAUGUCAGAAUUGGAGAAGGGAUGCAUUGAUGACAAUGAAUCAAAAAAUGCUAUUGAUCCCUGCUUUAGUGCCUACACUAUUGCUGACAAGAGGGCUCCUGCUGUGUACAUUAAUGUUUUCUCUGGUGAAGCGACAACCAAGUUUCCAAGUUUAAGUAAGACGACACGAGGAGGGAUACUGGCAGAUGCAAUGGGUCUUGGCAAAACUGUCAUGACUAUUGCCCUGAUACUGUCGAACCGAAGGGGGGAGCAGUCCAACUACAUAGAAAGAGACAUAAUAAGGCCUGUAAGAGGUCGUGAUACCAGAACACGCACUUCGACCCCCAAUAUAAGAGGAGGUACCCUUAUUGUGUGUCCCAUGGCAUUAUUGGGUCAAUGGAAGGAUGAACUGGAAGCACAUUCAACACCGGGAGCAAUUUCUGUGUUUGUAUACUAUGGUGGUGAUAGAACUGGUGACCUCAAAUUGAUGGCUGAACAUACUGUUGUCUUGACGACCUAUGGUGUCCUUCAGUCAGCUCAUAAAGCUGAUGGCAGCAGUGCCUUUCACAGGAUAGAUUGGUAUAGAAUUGUGCUUGAUGAAGCACAUACAAUCAAGUCUCCCAGAACUAAAGCUGCCCAAGCAGCUUAUAUGUUAAGCUCACAAUGCAGAUGGUGCCUAACUGGUACACCGUUGCAGAAUAAUUUGGAGGACCUUUACAGUCUUCUUUGCUUCUUACGUGUAGAGCCAUGGUGUAAUUCAAAUUGGUGGCAGAAGCUGAUUCAGAGACCUUAUGAGAAUGGUGAUGAGAGGGGAUUGAAGCUUGUCAAAGCUAUUCUUAGGCCGCUCAUGCUGAGGAGAACAAAGGAAACAAAAGACAAGAUGGGAAAGCCCAUAUUGGUCCUCCCACCAGCUAAUGUUGAGGUUGUGGAAUGCGAACAGUCUAUCGAGGAACGUGAUUUCUAUGAAGCGCUUUUCAGGAGAUCAAAGGUUCAAUUUGAUAAGUUUGUUGCACAAGGCAAUGUUCUUAACAACUAUGCUAAUAUUCUUGAGCUACUUCUUCGUCUGAGGCAGUGCUGUGAUCACCCUUUCCUGGUCAUCAGCAAAGCUGAUACCAAGAAGUACACCGACCUAGAUGAGCUAGCGGAACGGUUCCUUAAAGGGGCACAGAGUGAUUCUGGAUGCCGUGCCAUUGUACCCUCGCGAGCAUUUGUCGAGGAUGUCGUUGAGGAAAUCCGCCAGGGCACGGCCGCGGAGUGCCCUAUCUGCCUUGAGUCGACCUCCGAUGACCCCGUGAUCACCCCUUGCGCGCACCGCAUGUGCCGUGAGUGCCUCCUCUCCAGCUGGAGCACGCCUGCCGGGGGCCCCUGCCCUAUCUGCCGAAGCCCCAUCACCAAGGCUGAUCUGAUCAUGCUGCCCGUCCAGUGCCGCUACGAGGUUGACGCCAAGAACAACUGGAAGGAUUCAUGCAAGGUGGUGAGGCUCCUCGCGACCCUGGAGGGCCUUGGGAAGAAGGGGGAGAAGAGCAUCGUGUUCAGCCAGUUCACUUCUUUCUUUGAUCUCCUCGAGAUCCCCUUGAACCAGAAGGGGAUCAAGUUCUUGAGGUUUGAUGGGAAGGUGACCCAGAAGCACAGGGAGAAGGUCCUCAAUGAGUUCAGUCAAAGCAAGGACAAGCUGGUAUGUAAUGUCACUCAAAGCUGGAGGUGUGGGCCUGAACCUGACUGCUGCUUCCAAUGUCUUCCUCAUGGAUCCAUGGUGGAACCCUGCGGUGGAGGAGCAGGCCAUCAUGCGGAUCCACCGCAUUGGGCAGAAGAGGGCGGUCCAGGUGAGGCGGUUCAUCGUCAAGGACACGGUGGAGGAGCGGAUGCAGCAGGUGCAGGCGCGCAAGCAGCGGAUGAUCGCCGGCGCGCUGACGGACGAGGAGGUCCGCAGCUCGCGCAUCGAGGAGCUCAAGAUGCUCUUCAAAUGAUGGAGCUCCUUUGCCAUGGGAGUACUCCAGGAUUUUGUAUAGUAGUGCUAGCUUCAGGCCCUUGGUAG